GCCACCCCGCAGGGACCCGGACGUCCUUGUGGCGCAGACCGGAAGUGGCCUUCUCUCCGUCUCUCGCUCUCUUUCCGCCGCCAUCUUGUGCCCGGCUCGUCUCCUACAAAAUGCCUGGUGAAGCCACAGAAACUGUCCCGGCGACAGAACUGGAGCUGCCACAGCCUCAUGCUGAGACAGUAACUCCAGCUCCUGGGGCCCCCAUGGAAGUGAAGCUGACAGCUGAGGAGUCCAGACCAGUUGCCACCAAGAAUCCUGAGGUGGCAGGCCAGGGUUCUCAGGCUGGGACAGCUCUAGAGCCUUCAGCUGCUGUUUCCAGCUCCUCUGAUUCUAGUCCUGCACACCCUUCCUCCUUAUCCCAUGAUGCUAAAUCUUCCCCUACUGGAUCCUGUCCUUUCAGCACUCCACUGGCUCCUGCUGGCUUUGCUGUGGCAGCCCAGACUCCUCUUUCUCCUCUCAAGCCUACUGAUUUGGUUAUACCUGCACAAGCAGCUAGCCCCUCAUCUCCAGGCAUUGCAUCAGAUUCUCACCUGGCUCCAGUGAUACUUUCUGAGUCUGUUGGUUUAGCUUCUCCAGCUUCUACCAUGAGCCCACCUCCGAUGGCUCCUGCUGCCCUGGUUUCUCAGAUGCCACCAUGUACACCUGCCCCAGCUCCUUUCAUUAUCCCAGUUGCUCCUGUUUCUCCCUCUAUAACACCAGCCCCUCCUAUUCUCCCUGCUUCUUCGAACCCUUUAUCAGCUCCUCCCAAGUUUCCUGUCAGUCCCACAGCCCCUAUUCCAAUUUCUGCCCCUACAUUCCCAUCUUUUCCUUCAUGUCCUCUUCUCCCAGCAUCUGCCAUUUCUCCCUCAGCUCCACCAGUGCUGCCCUCUCUUAGACCCAUAACCUCUUUUCCAGUUCCUCGCAGUCCUGGAGCUCCCCCUCCAGCACUAGCCACUCCUACUUCAGCCCCAGUGUCCCCUCCCCCUUCUACUAAACCACAAAACUCAGUGAUGCAGCCUACUCUAGCCCACAACCCAACUGCUUGUUUAGUAACUACAUCUAGUUCUGUGGCCCCUGCAGGGCCACCUUCAGGACCAUCUGCAGGUUCUGUUUGUCCUCCCGUGAUUCCUCCUUUGGCACCUGUCUCUAAACCUGUAGUAUCUGUUUCUCCUGUGGCUUCUGUUGCACCCUUGGAAGCCUCUUCUAAAAGCCCAAUCAAGCCUGCCUCUGGUCCUGGUGUCCCAGCAGCAGCUCCAUUUGCACCACCUGCAAAAUCUGUCUUAGUACCAGUUUCUGGUCCUGUAGUCCCUCCCCCAGCCCCAGCAGCAGCCUCCUCUGGUUUUAUGGCACUUAUAGAAACACCUAUGAAACCAAGUACCAGUCCUAUAGCUCCAGCAGGCCCUGCUUCUGAGCCAUCUGUAAAACCCGUGUCUGCUCCUGGAGCUCCUCCUUUGAUUACAGCCAGCCCCACUGUUGGUCCUGUGGCACUCACAGGGCCAUCUGUACAGCCUGCUUCCCCUUUAGCCCAUAUUUCUAGUCCCAGAACUCCUCUGGUCACAGCAGGAUCUCAUUCUGGUCCAGUGGCACUUGCAGAAGCAACUGUGAAACCAGCCACAAGCCCUGGAACACCAAAAGACCCUGCAUUUUUUUCGGUAGUACCUGCUGGUCCACCUAUAAAACUUCCUUCUGUCACUCCACAGGGUCAGACAGCAGGUUCCAUGCCACCUGCUGGACCAUCUGUAAAACUUCCUUCUGGCCCUGCAGCCUCCACAGAGGCAGUUUCAACUCCAUUGUUACCUAUGGAGCCAUCUGCAAAACCCAUGUUUUCCCCAAUGAUCUCAGCAGGGCCUAUAUCUACACCUGUGGCAGCUGCAGGAUCCCCUGAGAAAUUUGCUUCACCUGUUCCUGGCCUUGCCAGUGCCCCAAACACCCCUCUUGAUCCAGUAGCACCUGUUCUCAAGCCUAUGACACCUGUUUCUAGCUCUGUGCCCCUUCCAGGGUCACAGGGAGUACCAGCUUCUUCACCACUGAUGCCUACAUGGCCCUCUGUGAAAUCUAGUUCUUCUUCAACACCUACUUCUGGCCCUAAAGCCCCGCCAGUGCUUGCUUCUCAGCCUGUAGCUCCUGUUUUGGCCCCUGUAUCUGGCCCUAUGCCUGGAGUUCCUGUAGAAUCUGUUCCUACACCAUUGUCACCACCAAUGAAAUCUGUCACUCUGGCACCUGCCCCUACUCCUUUGGCUCCAGCAGGGCCUCUCUCUAGUCCUAUGCCAUCCACUACCCAAUCUGUGGCUCCUCCUCUGAUCCCUACUUACAGUUCAGUGGUUGCAGCAGCACCUGCAACUAAGCAGCUGACACCCGCAGUGCGCCCUCUGGUACCUCCCUCACCUUCUGGAGCUACUUGUCCUAUAGUUUCUCCAUUGGGCCCUGUUUCUGAUCUUUCUUCCUGCCCCUGGGCUGGACCUGUGGCUCCUACAGAGCUAGUUCCUACAGCACCAGCACCGGCAGUGACACCCAUAAAACGUUCUCCUCCUUUGACAUCUGCCUCUGAUUCAGGGGUCCCAAUCAAGCUUGCUUCCAGUCCUGGAGCUUCUCCAGCGCAGCCUUCUGCAGUUCCUCUUGGAGCCCUGGCAGGGAUGCCUUCUAGAUUACAGGCCCCUGCAGCAUCACAGGAAAAGCCUGCUUCUCCAGCCCCUGUUUCUGCCCCUGGGGCACCUGCACCCCAGUCACUCGUGGCGCCUCUCACACCUAUUUCUGGGUCACUAACAUUGCCUGUGGUCUCAACAGAGGUUUCUUCUAGUCCUCUGGUGCCGGCUUCCACCCCCAAAACUUCUUCUGUAGUCUCAUCACCAAUUGCAUCUAAACCUUCUACUCCACUUCUGAAACCAGCUUCUGCUUUGAUACCUACAACUGCCCCCUUGGUCCCUGCUGGGACUUCAACUGUGCUGGCUUUUAACCCUGAGCCCACUGCAGUGGCCCAUGAAGUAUCUUCUUCUAUGGUCAUUCCUGUGACAAAGCCUGCUGCUGUUCCUACAAAGCCAGUUGUUUCUGUAUCUAGCCCAGUAACAUCUAACAUAGCAUCUGCCUCCCCUCCUGCUGCCACUCCAGCAGUGACUUCACCAUUGCCCCCUCCCAUCUCACCUCCUUCCUCACUGGUAGCACCAAGUUCUGUCUCUGCCCCCAAAACACCAGCUCUCCCUCCUGUCUCUCCUGCCACCUCAACUGCUGGGGAGCCAAAGACUUCUCCAAAACCAGUAUCUGUGCCUCUUGUGCCAUCUGAUCUCUCUAUUUCUCAGCCUGCUUCCCCUAUGAAAAAGCCAGCUUCCUCUGUGCUUCCUAAGCCAUUGCCAGCUUCACCUGCUUCUGGUGCAGCCACUGAAGUGCCAUCCCAAAUCCCAACCCCUUCCUCCGUUGUCCUUGAAGAUGAUGAACUGCCACCUUUGAUCCCACCAGAGGUGCCCGCUGGGGAGCCACCUCUGCAGCCAGUCCUGGUGGAUUUCUCUCCUAAACCAGCUGUAGCUCUUGCUGAGAUCCCAGCAAGUGCUCCUCUUCUUCCUCCUCCUCCUCCUGCCAAACAGCCUGUCGUGAAGAAUGACAAGGGGUCCGGGACAGAAUCCGAUAGUGAUGAGUCGGUGCCAGAACUCGAAGAACACGACUCUACACAGACCACAACGCAGCAGGCACAGCUUGCAGCAGCAGCUGAAAUAGAUGAAGAACCAGUUAGCAAAGCAAAACAAAGCCGGAGUGAAAAGAAAGCACGAAAGGCAAUGUCCAAGCUCGGCCUUCGUCAGGUCACAGGGGUAACAAGGGUAACUAUCCGGAAAUCCAAGAACAUCCUGUUUGUCAUCACCAAGCCAGAUGUAUACAAAAGUCCCGCAUCAGAUACCUAUAUAGUUUUUGGUGAAGCAAAGAUUGAAGAUUUGUCACAGCAAGCACAGCUGGCUGCGGCUGAGAAAUUCAAAGUACAAGGAGAAACUGUUUCAAACAUUCAAGAAAACCCACAGACUCCAACUGUACAUGAAGAAAGCGAAGAGGAAGAGGUCGAUGAGACUGGUGUCGAAGUGAAAGACAUUGAGUUAGUGAUGUCCCAAGCAAACGUUUCCAGGGCGAAAGCCGUCCGUGCCCUGAAGAAUAACAGUAAUGAUAUCGUAAAUGCAAUUAUGGAAUUGACGAUGUAGCCUCUCAGAGAAUAAAACUUUUGGUGUUACAGAGGAGAAUAAAUGGCCGCUGACCUGAAAAUUUGUACUAUUUCUAUCAAUAAAAGUUGUGGUUUAGAAGGUUUCACUCA